GAACCCCCGCUCAGUUCCUUGUCCCCCACUCUCCCAACCCCGCAGGCGCUCCGGGCCCUGCCCCUGCCGCAGCUAUGGCUCCAGGGGCUCCCUCAUCUGGCCCCAGUCCUAUCCUGGCUGCGCUGCUCUUCUCCUCUUUGGCGCUCUCCCCCGCCCAGGCCAUUGUGGUUUACACGGACAGGGAGGUCCACGGUGCUGUGGGCUCCAAAGUGACCCUGCACUGUUCCUUCUGGUCCAGCGAGUGGGUCUCAGAUGACCUCUCCUUCACCUGGCGCUACCAACCUGAAGGCGGCCGCGAUGCCACGUCGAUCUUCCACUAUGCCAAGGGACAGCCCUACAUCGAUGAGGUGGGGACCUUCAAAGAGCGCAUCCAGUGGGUAGGGGACCCGCACUGGAAGGAUGGCUCCAUUGUCAUACACAACCUGGACUAUAGUGACAACGGCACUUUCACAUGUGAUGUCAAAAACCCGCCAGACAUAGUGGGCAAGACCUCGCAGGUUACGCUCUACGUCUUUGAAAAAGUGCCCGCGCGGUACGGGGUGGUCCUGGGAGCCGUGAUCGGGGGCGUCCUGGGGGCGGUGCUCCUCGUGCUGCUGCUUGUCUACCUGACGCGGUACUGCUGGAUGCGCCGGCAGGCGGCGCUGCAGAGGCGGCUCAGUGCCAUGGAGAAGGGGAAAUUGCACAAGGCUGGGAAGGACACGACGAAGCGCGGCCGGCAGACGCCAGUGCUGUACGCCAUGCUGGACCACAGCAGAAGCACCAAAGCUGCCAGUGAGAAGAAGUCCAAGGGGCUGGGGGAGUCUCGCAAAGAUAAGAAAUAGCGGUUAGCGGGCCGGGCGGGGGAUCGGGGGUCGCGGGCGGAGGUCUCCAAAGGCUCUCAGGUGGUGAUCAUCGAGAUGGAGCUACGACAGGAUGAGCAGAGCUCGGAGCCCCGGCCUGCUGUCAAGUCCCCCAGCAGAACCAGCAUCAAGAACGCCCUCAAGAACAUGAUCGGCCUGAACUCGGACUAGUGAUCACCCGCCCGCAGGCCCUGCCAGAGCAGGGGGCCCUAGGCUCCUCUUACCCCCGUCUAGGUGCUUUCCUCCUUAGCCCCCCAGCCCUGCCCUGCCCCCACCUGCCUUCGAGAUGUAAGUUUCAUUCCAAAUUCGUUCCCCAGGCACAUCAGAUUCUCACCCCUUCAUGCCCCUCCCCUUCACUGGCCCCAAGGACUGUGUGUUUGGUGCCUGACCCUCAGGCACCGAGAAGAAAGGGACCUUGACACUGCGUGCCUCAACUCCAGGCCACCUGGCACCCCCAUCCCCUGCACCGCCUAGCCUGGCCCUCUGGCUCUUUCUUCUCUGACCCUCCCCCACUCCAUCAGGUGGCCCAGUUGCAUUCUCUGUCCGCCCAGCUAACACCCAGAUCAGCCAGAUCGGACUCUCCUUCAGGGUUUAUUUAGGUUGUUAGUUAUUUUUAUUUUUUAAUCCAUUCUUUUUUGUUCGUUUGCCUGUGCCCAUGCUCUGCCUCCCCAACCAUGACUGAGUACCGAUGACGUCAUGUGGUCUUUGCGCUCCCCCCCAAUCCCCGUUAAAUCCUUAAUGGAGAGCCAGCCCAAGCCCCGGAUUCUCAAACCUCAGCCUCAAGACUGGUGCCCCCUGACCACUUCGGAGCACUGUUCUGGGACUCAAGGUCAUGCGGGAAGGAGAGGGAGAGAGAUCUUCACAGGUCAGGGAGUUGAGGAGGGGGCAAAUGAGCCUUAAGAAAUAGCUUUUAAACAACCAAAGAGAAAGCAAGAAAAACAAAUGGGAAGUGGGAUGGUAAGGAAAGAGGCUGUUCUCCCAGACAUGGGAGAUUCUUAAGAUUUUUCUACAUUCUGUAUAUUUCUUCUCAAACCCCCAAAUGUCCUUAAAUGUUUAAUAAACACUGACAUUUCCAGAAA